AUGCCAGAUUCAAAACUACAAAUCCCCAGCAUAAAAAUACAGAAUCCUCAAUCAAAUACCAUAACGUCAUCCAGUACCGAGAAUAAAGAAAUGAUGACGACAACUUCGCCACAAUCACCAAUACUAUCACCUUCUGAAUUUAAAAAUUAUAGAGAUACAUUCAUAACAACACAAAACGAUUUCAAAGGUAAAAUAUUCGGUACAUCAUUACAUGAAAGUUUAAAAUUAGCUCAUGCACAAGUAAUACUUCAAGAUGAAUUAAUUAGCUUCGGAUCUAUCCCCAUCGUUGUAGCUAAGUGUGGUUCAUAUUUGAAAACUAAUGGGUUAAAAACUUCUGGAAUAUUUAGAAUUGGUGGGAAUAAUAAACGUGUUAGAGAAUUACAAAAUAUAUUUUGUGACCCUAGUCAAGAUUUUGGAUUGAAAUUUGAUGAAUGGGAUCAUUAUUCUAUUCAUGAUGUGGCUACUUUGUUGAAACGAUAUUUAAAUAACUUGGAUGAACCUUUGAUUUCUUUGAAUUUGUAUGAAGGUUUUAGGGAACCAUUAAGGAAAAGACAAGAUAUUAUUGAUUAUUUAAAUGCUAAAGAGACUGAAAAGCAAGAUAUUGAAGAACAAAUACCUACCGAUGACAACAUUGAAGAAGAGGAACAAUUUGAAAUGACUAGAUAUAAAAAGAAAUUAGCAAGAGAUAUACGAGAGGCCAUUGCCGAAUAUGAAGAUUUAUUUACAAAGUUACCAAAUGAAAGAAAACAAUUAACGAUUUAUUUGUUAGAUUUAUUGAAUUUGUUUGUUAGACAAUCUGAUGUUAAUUUGAUGACAGCCAAAAACUUAUCGGCUAUUUUCCAACCUUCCAUUUUAUCGCAUCCAAACCAUGAUAUGGAUCCUGUUGAAUAUGAACUUUCCAGAUCAGUAGUGGAAUUCUUGAUAGUUCACUCAUAUAAAUUAUUACCUCAUUUAGUGAAGGAUACCAAGAAAAGUCAAAAACAAGAUAAUGCUACUAGACAGCAAAGUAAAGAUGAGAAAUCGUCACCAAAUACAUUUGGAGAACAAGUCAAUUCACCAAUACUUAUACCAUCAAAGACAAGCAGUAAUGAUACUAAUCCUUCACCAAUUCUAAAAGGGGAUAAUUUGUUGUUAUCACCAAUAGCAAGUCCAAAAGUUACCAUCACUACAACGCCAACUCAUUCAAAAUUUCCUAAAUUGAAUAUAUUCUCUACAUCACCUGUAUCAAACUCUUCAAAAAGAAGUCCUCAAAGGUCUAUCGAUUCAUCUUUAUUAACACCGGUAACAUCACCAGUAAUAGGAAUGAUGAAUGCCAAAGAAUUAACUAUACCGAGAGGUGAACCUAAUAAGAAUAGACGUAAAAGUAGUGGUGGUAGUAGCAGUAAUAAUGGUACAACCCAUAGACAUAGUAGUGGUGGUUUGAAAUUUUUCUCAUGGAUACAAGGUAAGAGCAAAGAAACUAAUGAGCGUCCUAAUAUUGUUAUUCCAGAGGAUGCCCUUACAGAUGGUGAUGAUGAUGAUGAGGAAGAGAGACAAAUUAAUGAUGACGAUAACGAUAACACUAUCAAUAAGCUAGAACAUUUAUCAUCAUCCUUCUCAUACAACCCAGGUGCUGAGAGACCAUCUCGACCACAGAUAUCAUUUUCUGAUCCUCAUAUCACAACGAUACAAAAUGCCGCUGCUUCAAGUGGUACGAUUUUCUUGGAACCAUCAUUAUCCCCACCUACACAUCCAUACCAUGAACGAAGACGUGGGUCUUGGUUACAAAGGUUGAACAAAAAAACCUUAACACCACAAGUUCUGAUCAAGAUCGACAGUGACAUGAAGAUUAACAUUAAUGUUUAA